UCAAUUAAUCAUUUGUAAAAUGUAAACAAAUCAAAUGUCAAAUCAAAAGCUAAACGGCAAUCGCCAGUCGACACGGUGCAGACUACAGCACAGAUAUAGUAAAGCUUUUAGAAACUACAUUGAUUCACAUCUCACCAUGGUGAUUGCAAUUGGUUUUGAAGGAAGUGCAAAUAAACUAGGAAUUGGAAUUGUAAGAGAUGGAGAAAUACUUUCAAAUUGUAGGCGCACAUAUAUUACCCCACCAGGAGAAGGAUUCUUACCAAGAGAAACAGCUGAACACCACAGAGAAAAUAUACAUGAAGUUCUUAAAGAGGCUUUAGACCAAUCUAGUAUUAAACCUGAAGAUAUAGAUGUAGUUUGCUACACCAAAGGACCUGGAAUGGGAGCUCCCUUGAAUGUGUGUGCAAUUGUUGCUAGAACUUGUGCAAAGUUAUGGAAUAAACCAAUUCUAGGAGUGAACCAUUGUAUUGGCCAUAUUGAAAUGGGUAGGCUCAUUACAAAAGCCAAUAACCCAACAGUGUUAUAUGUGAGUGGUGGAAAUACACAAAUUAUUGCAUACUCUAGGAAAAGAUAUAGAAUAUUUGGAGAGACGAUUGACAUAGCUGUUGGGAAUUGUUUGGACAGGUUUGCAAGAGUAUUAAAAUUAUCAAAUGCUCCAAGCCCAGGAUAUAAUAUUGAACAAAUGGCAAAGAAAGGGACAAAAUACCUUCACUUACCUUACUGUGUUAAAGGAAUGGAUGUCAGUCUUUCAGGUAUUCUGUCAUACAUGGAGGAUAAAAUAGAAGAUUUACUAAAGGAAUAUACACCGGAAGAUUUAUGUUACUCACUACAAGAAACUGUAUUUGCCAUGUUAGUUGAAAUUACUGAGAGAGCUAUGGCACAUUGUGGAUCAGAUGAAGUUUUAUUAGUAGGAGGUGUUGGAUGUAACGAACGGUUACAAGAAAUGAUGGGUGUUAUGUGUGCUGAGAGGGGUGCAACCAUAUUUGCAACAGAUGAGAGAUUUUGUAUAGAUAAUGGUGUUAUGAUAGCAUAUGCUGGGGCAUUGGCUUAUGCAUCUGGUGGUCAUAUGGACUUUAAUGACUCGACUAUUACUCAGAGAUAUAGGACAGAUGAUGUAUUGGUUACAUGGCGUAAUGAUUAAAUGUAUUGUAUAUUUA